AUGUCAGGAUUCAAUGAAACUAAAUUCGCUAACAAUGGGACGUUUUUUGAAACGGAGGAACCAAUUGUAGAGACGAAAUCAAUCUCCGUUUACACCCCACUCAUAUAUGUCUUUAUUCUCGUGGUGUCUCUAGUGAUGUUCGCCUCAAGCUACAGAAAAAAGCAGGCCAAAAAGAUUAGCGAACAGCCAUCCAUCUUUGACGAAAAUGAUGCUCACGACUUGUAUCUUCAAGUAAAGGAAAUGAGCGAAAAUGAAAAGAUUCACGAGAAGGUCUUGAAAGCUGCCUUAUUGAAUAGAGGUGCAGAAUCUAUUAGACGAUCAUUAAAAUUGAAGGAAUUAGCUCCUCAAAUCAACCUUUUAUACAAAAACGGUUCGAUCGGGGAAGACUACUGGAAGAGGUUUGAAACCGAAGUUAAAUUAAUUGAGCUGGAAUUCAAAGAUACCCUUCAAGAAGCUGAAAGAUUACAACCAGGUUGGAUCCAAUUGUUUGUCAUGGUCUGUAAAGAGAUUUGCUUCAAUCAGGCUCUAUCUAGGCGUUAUCAAUCAAUUUUGAAACGCAAAGAAGUUUGUAUCGAAGAAUGGGAGUUGAAAAUAAAUAAUGAUGGAAGAUUAGUCGAUUAG